UGAGAAAUCUUUUUCAGGUUGCAGCAACCAAAAGUUCCAAAGCCACAACUAAACUAACCAAACCAAAAUGUGAUUUAUUGAGAAUGUGAAGUCAUUUUCUCUGCUGCCUAUGUUUUGCAUUCUAUACUGUGAUGUGGAAGGGGCAGGCCUGAGCUUUCCUCCCAAAAUAAACAGAUUGAGGCUGGUGAAGCGGGAUAAGCAAGAAGAAAAAGUCUCUCUCUCUCUCUCUAGCAUACGUGUAUACACACACAAGGAGGGUGGACUUGACAAUUUUCUUUUCUCGAUCAAACUUGCUGCAAAGACUUGACCGAGGCACAAGCGCAAUGUUGGGUGUCCUGGUCAGCCUGUCUUUUGUUCACCUGGUGACACAGGCGGCCCCUCCCAACGCUAGCCCCGUUACUUGCAAGCGCUGCUGCGAUGACCUACAAUCGGCAGCGGACGGCACCGCCACGCCCGCGUCAGGAGCGUACGGCCGGCUACCCGAGGUCCGAACCUACAUCAACAUGACCAUCCUAAAAGGGGACAAAGGAGACCGUGGAGAAAGAGGGACACCAGGUAAAAUUGGACACGAAGGACCUCCAGGAUCCAUGGGGCCCAUGGGCCCGGAAGGAUCCAAGGGCCAGGCCGGUCUCCCCGGACACCCCUGUAAAGUGGACUACGCUGCUUUUUCCGUCGGCCGUCGCAAGUCCCUCCACAGCCUGGAAGCCUACCAGCCGCUGAUAUUUGACACGGUUUUCGUCAACCUCGACAACCACUUCAACAUGUUCAGCGGCAAAUUCGUCUGCCAUACGGCCGGCAUCUACUUCUUCAACGUCAACAUUCACACGUGGAACUUCAAGGAGACCUACCUGCACAUAAUGCGCAAUGAAGCCGAGCAGGCCAUCGUGUACGCCCAGCCCAGUGACCGCUCCAUCAUGCAGAGCCAGAGCCUGAUGCUGGACCUGGGCCUCAACGACGAGGUGUGGAUCCGUCUGUAUAAGCGGGAAAGGGAGAAUGCCAUUUACAGCGAUGAUGUCGAUAUUUAUAUCACUUUCAAUGGAUACCUCAUCAAAGCAAGCUCAGAGUAAUAAUAAUAAUAAAAUGUCAAGUUAUUCUUUUUUUAUUUAGAUAAAAUGACAUCUUCAAACAACAUUGUAUGCAGAAAAGAAGAAAUAAUAAAUGCUUUUUAACUUAA